AUGGCUGCUGAACUGGGAAUGAUUGAUGGAGAGACGAGCCGCAGACCGCGAAGAUCGCCUUUCAACCCGGGUUUGAACCUUCGGAGAUCAGACAGUCAAAGUGAAGUGUUUGGUAGAAGUACUGGCCGCAACAGAUCUCUGAGUCAAAGAAGGGACACUUUCGACUCGGUAAGAAGCGAACCUCGAGAACUCAGACAUCGUCGGUAUGAUGAUAUGGCGGAAAGAGGACAACCCUUACGAGGGCACAUGCACGGCGAAGAACGAAACCUCGAGGGCAGACGACAUUUUCCGCCUGGUAAUUCUCACCGCUCAUUCUCGAGAGCGACUCGACAGGACAGCGAGAUUAGUGUGACACCCAAUGCAAAGGAAAUCGCGAGACACUUGCAUAACGCUCAGUCAUACAUGGCAACACGUGGUGGUACCCAAAAAGAACUCCCAAUUCGUAUAGAGCCUACAACUGAAAGUAACGGCUUCGGGGAUUUCCCCUUUUCGGUCUCGCCAACACCGAUAGAGCAGGAUGGAUUACAUUCGAUGUUACCAGAGCACGGGUCGACCCCAAGUCCCGAGCCCGAGAUGCCACAACGGCGAAAUGAAAGAAGUUCUUUCGUUACUCCACCGAAAAAGCCUACUGUCUAUCAACAACCAUCAGUGGUAUGUGCCCAGUAAGAGAUGUGUUUAUUGCUCUGCGUAUGCCUCAAGAAGCCAUUGUACUAGAAGCUCUCAAACAGUUAUCUCAUUUGUCCUAAAAGAUUUGGGCCAGUAAGGAAACGUUCAACUCGAUUGAUUAUCCUAAUCGUUCGUAUGAUUGUUUUGACUGUGCGAGUCUUUUUGUACAAUGCUAUUUUUGAGAGAGGACGUGCAGAGCAAUAGACGAGUGUCCUAGGACUUUUGAAACUCCUGCUGACAUAUUUAUAAACUGAUCAGACGCUCGUCACCGAAGAUUCGGAAGGUCAGAAUCAUCAAACACCGAAAGCUCGUGUUGCAGAUGUACAAUUCAAUCUUAAUCCAACAGACAGCCGAGCUGCGAAGUCCACGCCGACAAAACAUUCACGACAUGAACAAGCAAAAAGCCAAGUAGAUACAUCAAUUCCUAGGCCAAUUUUGAGAAGAAGUUGGCGAAGUCUUGAUCGCAGCCAAAGACAAGAGACCUCCGCGGCUAUUCCGCGAUCAUCACCAUUGUCCGAAGAUAGUGAAGACAACUGGAAGUCGUCCAAUCAUCAAGUGAACAAUUAUACGAAUCAGAUAGAGAAAUUUCAUACUAGACAAGAGCGACGCACGUCUUUAGUGAACAAUGAUAGGAUAGCUCCCUUGGUAAAACCAAGCGUCGAACGGCAGCCAAAUGGAAGAGCAGGUCUCGUGAACAUACCAGGACAGUCUAUGGCUUCGGGACUGGGAAUCAAUCAAAAUGCAGAAGUUUCUUCUGACAACGUCAAAGCCCCGCCGACGAGUCUAGAUUUCGGUACGAAUGGCGACGCCUUAAUUCCUCAGAAAGGACCUACGGAUACGGAAGUAGAACCGUCAUCCACAUCGAAGUCUCUAGGCGAAAGACCGAAGAAUACACGGCCAGCACCUACUGAGGUUGACGGCCCUCAAGUUCUCCAUGUUACCCAUCCGAUCGAAAGAAUGGCGGGGUUCAAUACGAGGCCAUUCUCAGUUACUAGGCCUAUCUCUCGAGCAAUAGAUACUCAUGAUCCGUCAAACGACGGGCAAACAAUGUCCAAUUUGUCAUACGGAACUGGAACGAGCAGUAAUGCUUCUCACACGUCCUCGACUUCAAGAAAGCGAGCAACAGUUUUCGACGCUUUGAAACGCAUCACUCGCCGAGACUUCAUGUCACAGGAUGAUCUGGAAAACAUGUUUGGAACAGGUGCCUUGGUGACAGCGUUCGUAAUUCGAGGUCUCCAGUACCACCAGAUUCCAUGUGCUGGGCAUUUCUCCAUGAGGAAGGCCGAUAUGGUCAAGCUUCGGUCAUCGGGAUCAAUUUCCUGGAAAGAAUUUGCUUUUCUAGGCCCAGACGAGAUCUCUACCUUGGAUCGGAUUCUUGAGGCUGAUGGAGGAUAUGCGAAAGCUUUGGUACAGUUGAAAAGGCUUCGAAAAGAGCGUGGGAUAAAGUUAUGGUCAGAUGGAAAUCGAGCUCUGGUUGCGAUAGUUUAUAAUGAGAGGAUUGAAGAGGAGAGUCAUCCAAAUACUCAGAUUUAUAGGAGAAGCAGUAUAACCAGCUCAGCAAAAGAGGACGUCCAGGCUUCAAAUUUAAGGGCACUCCUGCCUCCGAGUCUGAAAUGGGCCUCGACAUCUAAGCCAUCACAAGCUGCGAACGAAGCCAAAAGUAAGUUAACCUCCAUUUCAAACGUAUUUGGAAUUUCAAGAAAGUCUCUUGUGAAUUCCUAUACACAUACAACGUCGGAUAGGAAUCUCAGUCAUUCUUCUACGUACACCCAAAUCAAGACAUACAUCAUCGUCCAAGCCUCACAUAGUUAUGCGAACGCUCUGGGAUAAUCUCGACAUAGAACUCUCUAUUGCACUAGGUAGCUCGGACAAUCAAGUUGAUUGUGCCAGACAACUUUGCACAUUAGGGUUUUCACGUGCACUCUGAGCCAUAACGAGGGCUCAUGCUAACAUUAACAUAACAGAAGAGGCUAAUUCUCAUCCAGAUCAAGAUAUCUUUUCGCGCACAUCACAGAACUACGCCGCAUACACCAUCCGAGUUGUCGAUCCCCGUAACACUUAUGGUGAUGCCAAGUCGGUACCUUCAACUCUCACUCGUGAAGGGUUCUCCGAAGAAGACAUACUCCGAAGGAUACUCGAGUUGAAUGUCAAAGGGCCACGAGUGAUCAAGAAACAGCAUUGGCUUCUCUUAUCUCAACAAGAGCAAAUCCUACUAGCCAUAGCCGAGAUGAUGGCUCAAGAGAAGGAUUCUAGGUAUUCCUGGCAUAUAGCCCAACUGGAAAAGCUUGAGGAUUCCUCGUCAGGCUUCCGUUCUGUUACGAUUUACCUCCGGAGAACUAUGAAGGGUGCCAUAGCUUCCAUUGCAAUCUCGAAAAGGGACCCAUGGGAGGAAAGUUCUGGUAGCUCCUCAGAAAGUCUCCAAGGUGGAACAAGAAGCCCACAACGUACUCGACGCUCUAAGCGUUAUUUACAAAGAGCACCGGGGGAACGGCUUGAGAACGAACGAGACAUCAAAAUCAUCAUCGACAAUCAUCAACCGGAGCGAGGUUAUGGAUAUACCCCUACUAAAGCGCGAAUAGACGAAUUUGGAUCUGACUAUCAACCAGAGAGGGGCGAAAGACAAGAUACAGAGUAUAGUGAUGAUUAUCCUCAAAGAUAUCGACACCCUGAACCCAGAUACGAAGUACCAGCUGCACCUAUGAGACCACGGUCGCGAUCUCGCCAAUCGUCAACAGGCACAAGGCACACCCAAACUAAAAGUUCGACAUAUGGGAAAGAGCCCGAAAGAAGUCGUCGUCAAUCGUCAUAUCAACGUGAAACUGCGCGUUCUACAGCCACGAGAGGAUCCGGACCCCCUCCUGUAAUUAUCAAAAAAAGGGUCUAUAAUGACUACGAUGACGACGGACAGCAUUACCUAGCAGCCCCUCCACUUCGCAAGUCUUCUCCCCACCGACGGUCAUCAUUUUCUUAUCGCGCAGCUUCCCAUAUCUCUCGGCCUUCCGAGUACCAUUAUCGUUCAGCUUCAAUACCUAGACGAGAUUCUGUCCCAUAUCCCGAAUACUACGACUCCAGAUCUUUCAACCCUAGACCACAAGAUGGCGACAAUCUGUAUGAAGAUACCGACGUCGUUCGAGGAUUACUCUUGGAAUGGACACCAGCUGGCGAUGAAAUUAAGAAUAUGUCGGAAGAAGAUUCCGGUUCUGAGGAGUCAGGUGAAGAAGGUCUUAACGACCCCACCUCAGAGAGGCGUGGAGAGGAGGAAACCCAUAAGCGAAGUGCACAAACACCCACGCCGGUUGGGCGAAGUGACGCAGAAAUCAUGAAUGGGGUUGAUGCGGAGAAGGGAUUCCAUCCGAGAAGACGGUCUUAUAGCGGAGAGUCUUCAGAUCCCAUAUCAAAAGGGGAGAGGGCACCAAAGUCAUUGAGAGAGAGUGGUUGAUCUCAGACAGAGAAGGUCGCCAAGCCAAGAGGAAUGUUUAUUUGGUUACUUGAAUGCUUUCUAUCGAGUGAGGCACCUGACGAAGGAUACUAUAAUGUAGAAGUGUGGUGUUGCGAGCCGUUGGGAAUAGAGAAAGUAGACCAGACUUUGAUCAUUUGAUUAAAGGCCUAGCAAAAGAUUUGAUUUAACUCUUUGGGCGCAAUACUAUUAGUGGAUCCAAGAGAACAAUGGCUAUAAUAGCCCAGAUUUCCGGCCCCCGGUGGACAAGGAAAGUGGCAAAGACCUCUUUUAUCUUAUCCCGACUUAGCUAAAAACCAUUGUAUUGUAUUAUUUGUUUAGAACAAUUAAAAUGAUUCAUCUAAAACGAUAGCACAAUAAAGGCAAUUGUUCUAGAUAUUUAAAUCAAUUUAGUACUUAGAAAUAACUUACGCUAAUAGUCAAAAAAUGAAUCUCUGCCACUUUUCUUGCCCACCGGGAGCCAGAGUCCGGGGUCUGAAGUGGGGGUAUGUCACGUGUUGGUUUAAGCGAGUCGGUUGACUGCCUUGUUCUUUCCCCCCUUUUCUUCGGUAAUACUCCUAAUUGUAGAAAACAGAAGCAAUUGCUAUGGGGAUACCGCUGACUUAUUUAUGUAGAAUACAGCCCCCUCAGUUUUCUGUCUUCCCAGGGCUCCACGCAGAAUCACCACCAAAAUGUCAAAUACUGCAGAGAAACCUUUGGGAGCUUUUCUACCACUACUAGAAUCACCCCG